CUGCUACGAUGUUGCAAUUUCCUUGCAAUCGGUGUUGCAAAAUGUAAACAAAAACAACGACGACUGAGUGUGCGUAGAAUUCUACCUCCAUGAUCUUUGUAAUGCGGAUUUGCCUUAUAUUUUUGUCCUGAUUAUCAGAGAAUUUCCUUGAUUACCAAGAAAAUAUGUCUUCUUCACAAUGCUCAAGCCAAGAUGGUUCCGCUGCAGACAGCCAGACUGAGUUAGACAACCAGUCAUCAGCGGAAAAAGCUACAUCCCCCAUGCUGAUCAAACAUGAUUCCAGCUCCCAUCAGCGGGCCGAAUCGUCGUCAUCUCUUUCAUCCUCGUCAUCGACGUCAUCUACGUGUUCCAAGGAGGACAAGGUGGAGAUGACCUGCACGGUCAAGGGCUGCGAGAAGUCGGCCUACAAGUCGCGCCGGUAUCAGCUGCUGCCCUGGAAGUGCAAGUACCACCGGAACAAGACCUACAAGGAGACGUACAAGCGGCGCAAAGCCAUGGCAAACCAGGAUCCUUUUAGCAUGGAGGUGAAAACCACGGGCCAUGAGCCACCAGGGGACAGGCUUGGAGGGGCAGCAAACAGGCACAGACAAGGGGAACAAGGAUCCAUGCUGGAACAGGUCCUGAAUGAGAAAAAGAUGGCUCUGAUGCAGUCCCCAAUCGUCUUGGAAUUCCUGCAGAAGCAGCAGCAGAAGAAACACCAGCAGCACAAACACCAGCAGCACAAACACCAGCAGAAGAGCUGGGGCCUGCAGCAGGUCCGUGGCUAUGGGCCAGCCUCCCAUCGCUGACAGGGUCCACGCACUUUAUUAAUAACUGGGUUUUACCCUCCAUUACAAAACUUUUACACCACGGGUAUUGGAUGUGCUUUUGCGGAUGCUUUCAGGAUCAGGUAACUGUUACCACAAUGAUAGGGUACCUGCGAAACCGUAAUUGUUUGAAUUAAAACAAACAUAGAAGAAAAUAGUUUUCCAUAGCGUGCACAUUUGGUAGGUAUUGCCAACUAAAACAAGACAAGGCUAGGCUUGUCAAGCUGUAUCCAGAGUCUCAGGUUUGGAGAUUGUUUAUACUGAGACACUCGGUUAGUGACUCAGUGAGUCUGUCAGUCAUUGACUCGGGAAGUCAGUCAGUCAGUGGGGGAGUGAGCCUGUCGGGGAGUGAGUCGGGGAGUGAGUCGGGGAGUGAGACACUCAGUCAGUUCGUCAGUAGUCAGUUAGUCGAUGACUUAGUCAGUCUGUCUGUCAGUUGGUUGGUGACUCAGUCUGUCAGUCAGUCAGUGAAGCAUUCACUCAGUGUUUCAGUUAGUCUGUCUGUCAGUUAAUCAGUGACUCGGGGAGUGACUCAGUGAGCCUCCCAGUCGGGGAGGCAGGCAGUCAGUCUGUGGGGAGUCAGUCAGUCAAUGACUUAGUCAGUUUGUCAGUCAGUCGGUGACUCAGUCUGUCGGUGACUCAGUCAGUUAGAGGACAAUAGGUGGCCCAUCAGGCCCAGCUAAAAUGGAACAGGAUUCCCAACAUUUUCAGUCUGGGUAUUUGGUGUCCAAAUGUGGUGUUCCAGAUGCUGAUUCCACUCUUUCACUCAUUUUAUUAUCUACAUUCAAUUAAAGCUGCCUUGGUGUGAUUGCAGCUAUGACUGUUUUUUAUUCUGGUUCAGUGUCCUUGUUCAGAAGGCAAAGUUGGGCGGUGUGUACCAGUUGAUGUCUGGACUUAGGCCAAGCAGAUGUAUCACCUUGGAAAUCAGGGGCUUUUAAGAAGGACUGCUGACUGUUGUGUCGAGGAAGUAGUUGAUUACCGAUCCAAGUACACGACACCCCUUGUUUUGAAGCUGGAGUGUUGCCAGAAAGUAGGGGUUGGGCCUCCGGUAGGUUUCACCUUCAAAGCUGAAAAUCAUGCAUCAAGGUUUGUGUGGAUAGCAAGAUGGAUGAAAUGCUUGCCAUGCUGAAUGUAGAGAAAUUGUGGAUUUUGUACCAGGUUUUUAUAACUCUGCUUUUAAGAGGUCAAUAAUUCUCGUGUAGAGAUGUGAAUUCAUUAUUUCAAAGUUGUGUAUGUCAGAUGUGUACAAUUGUAUUGGUUUUGUUAUUAUCAUUGUUCAAAAUUUACUCCUGUUGGGUAAUGGGUUGCUAAGAUGUUCGCAAGAUUUUAUAUUUGUAUUUCUAAAUUGUUCUGAUAUAUAUGAUGGAUUUAAUGUGUUCACUGGUAUAUAUGCGACACUUUCGUUUGAUUUUACUAACAAUAAAGAUCUUUUAAAUCUUUUGAGGAAAGAUUUCUUCAGAACAUGAAA